CAAAAGCGAAACUAAAGUCUUGUGAACGGCUCACUGCGUGUAGCCUCGCAAUGUUUUACUUUGUUAAAAAGUAACUUAAGCACGUCUGUGAAGCAUUUACUCAUUAAGGUAACGCAUGCAGAGUCUACUCUGGGCUCUUCGUUCUGACUUUAGCAGCUCUUGUAGGAUCCUGUGGUGGUUGUGAGGUUGUUUGUGUACGUUUGCUCUGCCUGGCAACGCGAUACAUGAUGGCGGGAUCACAGAUACCAGAGAUUUUCGAUGAUGUGAAGCUUGUCAUUGAUCCAGAAACGUUUGCGGAGCCACAGAAAAUGUUUCAAGAACUUAAAAAGAUGGGUGAAAAUGUCAGAGGGUCAUGUUUCAUCAUAGGACCUUUUCAAAAAAUUGAGGAAACUUUCAUGAAUUUGUCAAGGUUGGAGAAGAAAAAACCUCAAAAUGUAGGACAUAAACAGAGAAGCCAUGUGAAUCACAACACCUCGCCAGAAAUGAAAUCUAGCCCCAGUCCACCUGCAGAACCAGUUGUGGUUGAUGCUGCUGUCAUGCAUUACAUCAACAAAAAACAUUCUUUGGAACUUGACAAAAUGAGACAGAUGGGAGUUGACAUGCCAGUGCAAGGAAGGCAUCUGAUGUUUCAUGCAAGGGAUAAAAAACUGAGGACAGACCAAGUUCAGUUUGUCAGAGAGCGCUUUAUAACGUUCUAUCAGAAGAUUGCCACAGGUCUGCAAACCCGACUUUAUGAUUUGAAUGCAAGUGAAACGCAACUUUUGCUCAAACAUUUUCCAGAGCUGCUAGUGAGCCACAAAAACUAUGGAGUUGAACUGACUGGGAGCUACCUGACCCUCGAAAGGUUUGAACGGUUUUUACGCAGUCCUCCUAAAAGAUCUCCUCCAAAACAAAUCAGUCACAUGGACAACACCCAUGCCACAGCAUCCAGCCCACAAAACCAACCGAAUGACAAAGAUGAAAUUUGCUGUAUUUGUUUGGAACCAUUGGUUAAGUCCAAAAGUAAGACUCUGGAGAAAUGUAAGCACUCAUUCUGUAGAGAAUGUUUGAAGAGAGCUUUCGAAAUUAAACCAGUUUGUCCCACAUGUGGAGUAUUAUAUGGUGCACUGAAAGGCACCCAACCUGAAGGAGGCAAAAUGCAGACCACACAAGACUCCUCUUCCUUGCCAGGUUAUGAAAGCUACAGAACAAUUGUCAUUCGUUAUUCCAUUCCGAGUGGGAUACAGAAGGAGGAGCACCCAAAUCCAGGCCAGCCAUAUGAGGGUGCAUCACGCACAGCCUACCUGCCAGACUCCUCAGAGGGAAGGAAAGUUCUUAAGCUCCUUACACGAGCCUUUGAGCAAAGGCUAAUCUUCACCAUAGGGAGUUCAUCUACCACUGGCAGGAGCAACGUGGUUACCUGGAAUGACAUUCAUCACAAAACAUCCCGUUUUGGUGGGCCUACUGCCUACGGUUACCCAGAUCCUGACUACCUGAAUCGUGUGCAAGAGGAGCUGAAGGCAAAAGGAAUCUGCUGAUAAUUCACAUGCUAUGUACUGAAUUUUUCCAGACAUAGAAGUAUAAGCAUAAUUAAUACAAAAAUAAUACUACAACAGAGGCAAUCACUAUAUUCAGUAGAUACAUAUGCAGUUAUUAUCAAGUUGUUCUUUUAGAGACCGUGUCAAACAGUUUGUUGCCAGUUAUGCUGUGAUUCCAAGUAGUACAAUGCUGAUGCUUACUAGCUUAAAUUAAAUGUUGAUUUCCAUGAACAACAGUAUCAUAUAUAAAGUAUUAAAUAUUAUUGUAACUUGUCAUAGUCAUGCUCACUGUUGGUUAUAUUCUUUGUAACGAAGUGUGCACGGUGCUGUUGUACCAACCCUAGUUUGUCAAAUUACAGUUGUUGACCUUUGUCAGAAUUUAGGAACUGAUGCAUUAGCAUCAGUAAUUUAGUGACUGUUGUGGCACAUCAACAAAUGAGCCUUUCACAUGCAAGGAUAAAACAGAGAUGGUUGGAAACAGCAUUUCUAUCCCAUGAAUGUUUUUGGCAUUCCAAUUUGAAUGACUCAACCAAUAGUGAGUUAGAGUGGCUAACCAAUGGCCACUCUAACUGAAUGAACAAUGAUUUUAUGGACAAUAUUAUAACUUUGGUCAACUUUUAACACUAUGAACAUAUUAUCUGUAGCCUUCAACAUCUAUGUAGAGUAUAUUAAAAUGUCCUGAGAAUUGGGUGAGCUAUUCCACUGUUAGACCAAACUCUUUAUGAAGAACACUGAACAAAUUUGCUGUCUAAUUUUGGUCCUCGACUUGUCAAAAAGUGCAACUCAUCAUAAAAUAAAUGCUGCACUUGUACAGAGGUAAUAUGAUUCAACUUUUCCAUGUGUGUCAUGCAAUUGUUGAGAACAUAUUGUAGAUGCAUUUUCAAACACCAUCAUGGUUCAAAUAAAAACAAAUAACAUGCAUCCAAACUUAAAUGUUAGUAUGAAGAUAAUGGCAAAAACCUUAUUUGAAGGUUACUUUAGCCAAAGCUAAUCAGUAGAAUCCACCAAAACCUCUAAGAAUUGUGUUGCAUUUGUAACUUCCUGCAUCUCUGCAUGUAGGAUUCUAG